AUGAGCUCCUUGCUCCCCUUUGACAGUGUGCUAUGUAACCUUUUGGGACUGUCCCUCACACUGUGGUUCACCCUGCUCCUUGUAUUCAUCAUCGUUCCUGCUAUCUUUGGUGUUUCGUUUGGCAUUCGCCGGCUGUACAUGCACACCCUGCUCCGUAUCUUCACGGUGAGUUUCUCAGUGUUGUCACUGCACGUUUUGGUGGAUUUGAUGGACAUCUUUAUCCAGGUGCACACUUGUGUGAGUGUUAGUACAUGUGUGCAAGCUUCUGUCUAUUUAGCACUCUUAGUGAUUGUUUCUUUAUCUUACAGUGGGCAACCUUACGGAUAGAGAGAGGAGUAAAGGAGAACCGUAAUGCACUGUAUAAACCUCUUACUAAUGGUAUGUACUAUAUAUAAAUAAUUGUCAGAGGAUCAGGUUGCAUAUACCCGCUACUGAUAUUUUGUACAAUUUACAACCAAUUAUGUAUAGAAACACACAUUACAUACUUGCAAUGGUAAAUCAAAUUAAAAUUAUAAAUAGGAAAAGGCUAGGAAAAUCUGCCUAGAGCAAAGUAAAACUACUAGCGAAACACUAUCUUAGAUGUCUGAGAUACAUCUCCAAAAAUGCCUGCACUAAUAGUUGAAACAUCCAAUGCAUGUUUUGCAGAACUAGGCUCAUCAAACUUAGAGGGCUUUCCAAUCCAACUUGUUUAUCCUAAAAUUUAAAAAUCACCUUUCAAUUUACAAUUCAUUGAAUAAAUAACUGUGUAAAAAUGUUACUUAUGGUACAUACAAUAAACAAGAUGUGUGUGUGUGUGUAUAUAUGUAUAUAUAUAUAUAUAUAUAUAUAUAUAUACAUAAAAAAUAAAAGAUAUUACUCGUGUAGGCACAGAACCACUGCUUGAACCUUUUACUAAUGGCGGGGGGUGGGGUCAUAGUGUUAGCAAAGCACUUUUGUAUCUAACACAAUAUAAUUCCUUUAAUUUUUUAUACCAUCUCAUUUACAUACUGCUCACAGCUGUAAUGAAAGUUACACGGUCACUUCAGGUACACACAGCUUACAAGAACACAGCAAUCAACUUUUUAUAAUAUAAUAACCUACGUUGGAAUAAGCAGGCACUCUAUAAAUAAUCAUAUAUUUUAAUGUUAUACUAUACCAUCUCAUUAUUUUUUUUUAAAUUCAGUAUAUCUAUUGAUCUAUAUACACACACAUAUUUUGAAGAAAUAAUUUGCCUAACUUUCCCCUUUCCAGACAGCCAUCUUUAUGCACCUUUUGUCAGUUUAUCAGUUAUCUGACCCAGUGCCCAGUUUUUCAACAUGUAUACAUUGCUUUUCCAAAUCAUGUGCUCUUUUUGCCUGCAUCAUUUUCUGUCAGGUGUGAGCUUUGGGCCACUUAACUGACAGUCUUAAUGAAGGUGCAUGAAGAUGGCUUUGGAAAAGGUAGGCAUGUAAUUUCAAUAUGCAUGAAUUUAAAAUAAAUAAGUGAAUGAAACAAUAUAUAAGCUUCUUACAUAUACAGAGCAAUGUAGUUAUUUAUUUAACUGCAACUAUUAUUAAAUAAACAUAUAUUGCAAGCAUUUGGAGAUGCAAAUGAAAGCAUACCCUCUGCAAAUUACCAAUUCUGUGUGUUUGUAUUUGCUUUUCAAAUUCCAAACUCAGGAAUUAUUGCUAGAGAGAGAACAUCGCUGGAGGAUGGCAUCUCAGAGCUUCGUGGAUCUGGGAGCUCGAUGGAAGAUCCCGAAUUUGCUCUGUCAGACAUCUUUUAUUUCUGUAGACAAGGCAUGGAGAGCAUCAUGGACGAUGAGGUGACCAAGCGUUUCUCAGCAGAGGAGUUAGAGACCUGGAAUCUGCUGAGCAGAACAAACUAUAACUUUCAGCAUAUCAGCCUGCGGCUUACUGUGCUGUGGGCUUUAGGCAUGUUGGUCAGAUACACCUUCUUACUGCCACUCAGGUAACAGCUUUCUAUGGGUUGCUAUUUCUGUGUUUGGCAUAUUUGAUUCAGUGAUUUUUUUACAUGAUAUCCCUUCUAUUCACAGGAUUGCUUUAGCUGUUACAGGCAUCGGCCUUCUGGUUUUUGGUACUACUGUAGUCGGAUAUCUGCCCAAUGGCCGGUGAGUACCUUCUGAUAACUGUGUAUGUACAAAUAACUAUUAAAGUACCAUGUCAGUUAUAUAUUGUCAUAUAUGUGGGAGCAUUUGUCUUGGCUUGCCUUGCCCCAAUAUGUGUGUAUAUGUAUAUCUCGGGUCACAGCUAGAUCAUACAAUUCAAAUUAAUUUAAAACCCAUAGUGCAUAUGCCUGGGUACGUAUAUGUAUUUCAAAGGGAAGUGAGUUCUAUAUUUCCACCUUACUUCUGUGGAAUAUUCUGUAGAAAGAUAUAGUUUUAUUUUCUUUUCCCUACAGCUGUCAUUGGAGACGUCUGAUGGGAAAUGACAAGCUUGACUAAACCUUUUGUCGUAGGAAAGAUACCAAGACAAAGCGUUCCCUACUUUGUCUCGGUAUAUCUUUUGACUGGAUUGGAAUUUAAUGUGAAUAUUUCAUGAAGAUUUUAUCUUCACAAAAUAUUCAUUUUUGACAUGGGGUGACAGAACCGCUUUAAAUUACACCUGUUAUCAACAUAAAGGGAAAAGUUGUAGUCCUAGCAACUAUAGUGUCCCCUCCCCGCAGCAUUGAAAGCAUAGCUCAUCUCUGCCUCCGCUCCUCUGCCGCCAAUGUCAGCUGGCAGGGGGGGACCUAAUAUGCAUGCUUUCCUAUGGGGUUUUAGCUGACGCUGGAUGUCCUCAUACAAAGCUUAUGAACUCAAAUCCCUUCGUUAAGAUGAAAUGAUUUUCGAGCUUUGUCUGUCCCUUUUAUAUUACAUGAAAGUGCAUCAUAAUUCAUAGAUACAUUUUGCAAAUUUGAAAGCAGAUUUAUCUUCUCUGUCACAGCAACUAAAGAACAUGUUCUGUAGUUGCUGUGAGAGCACUCUAGCAAGUGUUUGUUAUAGGAAAAUAGCAACAGGAGGCCGAUGUCACUCCAGUCUGAUGCUGAUAAUGUUGAUGCUAUGGGAGUGUCCCGUGUGUGCUUUAUGUGUGAGAAAAAAGACUUUUAAAUGUAUUAUUAAAUGUUAUGUUAAAGAGUAACGGUAAACGCUUUUGCAGUAUUUACUGAGGUGAAAUAACAAGAGACUACCAUUUCUCGGAAAGUGCCAAAAUGUAUUAAAGUGUGUUUUUUCACAUUAUUAAUGAAUCGGAGAUAAGUGAUAAAAAAUAAAAAAUAAUCCCCAUACCUUCAUUGCACUUCUUCGUUGCACUUCUUCGUUGCAACUUUGACUUCCCAUGACGAGGCAGAUGAGCACAUGCCUGUUUGGAUCCAACAAACAAAUACAUGCACACAUACAGGAUCCACAUUUUCUCAAGAUAUGCAAUACACGUGCUGUGCGUUCAGAACACUUCAAGAAUUUGCUAAUUUAUAUACUUUGAGGAGCAUUGCUUGGCAAAGUAUAAAUUAAAAGAAAAGAAACAAAAAAAAAAUCUGGGCAUGUCCAAUAGCUAACAUUACUUUUGUUUUAGCUAUUAGGAUGUACUAAAUUUAAGGAAGAGAUCUACUUUAAGUUGUUUUUAGGAAGCAUUGUGUGUUUGUACAAAUGUAGUACCACAGAUUUAUUUAUUUUUUUAUUCUCUUACAUUUUUUUUCAUUUAGUUUUGGCGAAUUCUUGAUAUCUGCAGCUGCCUGUCUUUCUACAUAUAUCUUUAUAAUAAUGUGCCUAAUUGUCUGCUUCUUUUUAGAUUUAAAGAGUUCUUGAGUAGACAUGUGCAUUUGAUGUGUUACCGGAUAUGUGUGCGUGCACUAACUGCCAUCAUAACAUAUCAUGGGAGGUGAGUACAUUGUGCUAAUUGCAGCCAGCACACACCAGGUAUACACAACAUACAUCCAGCACACACCAGAUGCACACACCGUACAGCCAGCACACACCAGAUGCACACACCGUGCAUGCACCCGAUGUGCGCGCACACACCAUACAGCCAGCAUGCACCAGAUGCGCGCGCGCACACCAUACAGCGAACACACACCAUACAGCCAGCACACACCAGAUGCGCGUGCACACACCAUACAGCCAGCACGCACCAGAUGCGCGCGCACACACACCAUACAGCAAGCACGCACCAGAUGCGUGCACACACACCAUACAGGCAGCAUGCACCGGAUGCACGCAUCAUACAACCAGCACGCACCAGAUGCACACACCAUACAGCCAGCACGCACCAGAUGCACACACCGUACAGCCAGCACGCACUAGAUGCACGCACACACACCAUACAGUCAGCACGCACUAGAUGCACGCACACACCAUACAGCCAGCACGCACUAGAUGCACGCACACACCAUAUAGCCAGCACGCACCAGAUGCACACACCGUACAGCCAGCACGCACUAGAUGCACGCACACACCAUACAGCCAGCAUGCACUAGAUGCACGCACACACACACACACCAUACAGUCAGCACACACUAGAUGCACACACACACUAUACAGAGAGCACGCACUAGAUGCACACACACCAUACAGCCAGCACGCACCAGAUGCACACACACCAUACAGCCUGAAUUCUUAAUACAUACAUACAGCCAGCACAAACACACAACAUACAGCCAGCAUAUGCAACACAUUACGUGCAGCCAAUUCAAACAUUACGUACAGCCAGCAAACACCACAUGUAUUACACCUAGCUGAAACACACACACUAUGGGGAAGGUUGUGAGGGCAAGACACUAGACUCCAAAAAUGUGCACAAUAAAUCUGAAUUAAAAAAAAUGCCUGUUGUAACUAUAGCUGAGUUUGAAUAUUUUUCCAGAUCAGCUAUUUUGGCCUUAGUUUUUCUUUGAUUUAACCUGGGAAAAUGUGUACUUUAGUGAAUCACUGUACCUAAGCAGGGUACUUUCUAAUUUUACAUUUUGUGUGAGAGCAAGUAGAUUGUCAAGACGUGCAAGUAGAUUUUUUUAAAAUGUCCACACUUCUGGGCAUGUUGUAAGAGAACAGUGCACAACAUAAAAGUUAUAAGCCUAAUGCAAAGUGCAUGCCAAUAGCUAUAUUGAAUCUAGCAGAUGUAAGGUGCAGUAGAGUCUAUCUCUCCAGUCAGCUGACGGUUAAUUCAGUCUAGAAACUGGUGUGGGAAACUGUAAGGGGGCCAUCUGGUGGCAGUUCAUGGGUAGAUUCCUUAUUACUAGUUAAAUAAAAUGACCUAUGCCUCAGAGUGCAUUUCAUCCAGAAUCCUAGCUGAUUUUAUGUCGACACUGGCAUAGUUAUUCACUACAUUGUUAAUUGUUUGGAAUGAAAUUCUCCCAAGUCUGCUAUGUUCACACUUUAGUGAAUCAUCCUAUAGGUGAGCAGAGAUGUUGCUGCACUUUGUUAACAGCAGACAGACUUUUGCAAAUAUUCACACACAUCACAUUACAAAGUUUCUGGAAUCAAUCAAUUACAGAUACUGUUAAUAUAAAUAAGAGAGGUCUUAAGGUCCUCUGCAAUCAUUUAGGUAAGAGGUCUUCAACACUGCCAAUGAUGGCUAUACUUAGACACUCUAUUUGUUCGGGACUACCCUAUUCAAGACUAUAAAAUUGUAUGGGUGUAUCCAUCAUAAUCUCUUGUUCUAUACACAGAUUAUUUAUGUAGUAUAUUUUGUUAACCAGUACUGUGCUAAUUUUCAUGUUUAUUAAAGGAACACUCCCACCCCCAAAACAAUUAAUUGUCAUUUAAGUUCGUAUGAGCGCAAGAGUGUCCGGCAGCCAUCUUACCUCCGGUGUAGAAUUCCUAUUGCCCUAUGUCCAGGACAUGUAGUUCUGCUACAGGGAAUGUGGGGGAGUGGUUGGUGCUGGCGAAGAAUUUGCAAUGUGAACCUAUGGUGGGUGCAGAACACCGUAAAUGCUCCCUUACAGUCUGCUCGCAAAUGAGUAAAAGCACAACUACCUGGUAUUCCGAGUAUGCACUCUAACUCGUUGAAUGCCUGAACUUUGACGGAGUGAUUAGUGUGCACCACCCUUUAGAGGGGCAAAACAAACACUCCCGGACUGGACCACAACGGAUUUUAACCACAUUAGACCUCCAGGCAAUGUAGCAGGUGGGUAGUAGCCAAAGCGCACAAACAUAUUACACGCAUGCACACCAAACACACUAGUUAACACACAUCACACUACACAGAAGCAGCACACAACCUACCACACACAUGCACAUUAUACCCUGCACAAAGUGCCCCCACAUCUAAGCUCUUAGCAGGUGCCCCAAUCUGAAAUUAUUGUAUGCGUUAGGAAAAGUAGUUUGUUUUUGUUUUUUGCAACAGUUUAACCCCGUAAUAGGGACUUUGAACUUAUGCCUCCCAGUGUCUUUCCUCUCUGAUCUGUAGUAUGAGAGGUUUAGCGGGGCAGCCUGUGAUAAGCUGAGAGUGUCAGCUGACUCUUUUAGCCUAUUACUAGGCACCCGUUGAGAGAAAUAUUAUGUGCUAUAAAACAUAACAUGGUGCAUGGACACUCCAACUUCCAUAACAACUUAUUUGACACUGUGUUACUCUUGUGUAUGUGGCAUCUCUGUAGCUUCUUAUCAGUGCCUGUUAUAUCAUUGGGUGUCCACUGCAGCUGCCUAAUUAGGAAUGGCACCUACAAACAAAGAUUAGUGCUAUGUGAGCUGAAACGUCAUGUAUAUUUUUCUUUGAUAAGUAUGACCUUUAUGUGUUUUUUUUUUUUCUUCCUCAGUGAGAAUCGGCCCAGGAAUGGUGGUAUAUGUGUUGCUAAUCAUACAUCUCCAAUCGAUGUGAUCAUCCUGGCCAGUGAUGGCUACUAUGCUAUGGUUAGUUUGAGUCCGAAGCAUGAUAGAUGGGUGGGAUCUAUUAACAGAGUUGUGAAGUAAUUAUCUGUUAUGUCUUUCUCCUUCUGACUGCAGGUAGGACAGAUCCAUGGUGGUCUAAUGGGAGUGAUUCAAAGAGCCAUGGUAAAAUCCUGCCCGCAUGUCUGGUUUGAGCGCUCAGAGGUCAAGGACCGCAUUUUAGUGGCUAAAAGGUAAAGGAUGGAAAUUUUUUAUUUUAAUGAUAAUCCUAUUUAGUACUUUCAGUACAGGAAGAUGCUGGAAAUGACACACAUCUCUCGCUACCCAACACCAUUUAACAAUAGGUACUAUGCAACAUCAUACAGAGACUUGAAACGAUUUGCUCUUGAAAAGUUAACCUGGAGAUGUUUGUCAAGGAUAAAAGGAAAGAGCACAUAUCUGGCUGAGUCUUUGUCUCAUCAAAACAAAAAAUGAAGAGGGAGUUAAUACCCGGUUUUGUUCCUUGACACCUUUUCUAUAGUCUUAUAGUUCUAUAAUAAAGAAAAGGGCAAUCCGGAAUUUGUUUUGUAAUUUUAUACAGAAAAUAUGACUUGUGUAAUUGUUAUAUUAAGUUGAAUAUAUUCUUGCAGUCGAAGAGAAAUAAAUAGAAAAAAUAAACAGUACAACAUUUUUAGUUACUGUACAUAUUGGUGAAUGUCAUAGAAAGUCAGAUCUUUUCAGAUAAGUUAAAUGGUGGGUUGGAACCGAUGUAUCUCUGGAAUAUUAUUCUGCAGUUACUACUCUCAGUAGGAAAGUUUGUUAGGUCUAUGGAUUUAAAAGAUAUGUAUGUGACUCAGCUAACAAAAUGACAUACAUGUCUGGAUUCCAAAGUCAUCUAGUUAAAUGGACACUUAAAGGACCACUCUAGUCACCCAGACCACUUCAGCUUAAUGAAGUGGUAUGGGUGCCAGGUUCCUCUAGGAUUAACCCUUUUUUAAAUAAACAUAGCAGUUUCAGAGAAACCGCUAUGUUUAUAAAUGGGUUAAUCCAGCCUCUAAUGGCUGUCUCACUGACAGCCACUAGAGGCGUUUGCAUGCUUCUCACUGUGAAAAUCACAGUGAGAAGACGCCAGCAUCCAUAGGAAAGCAUUAUGAAUGCUUUCCUAUGAGACUGGCUGAAUGCGCGCGCAGCUCCUGCCGCGCAUGUGCAUUCAGCUGAAGAGGAGGAUCGGAGGCGGAGAGGAGGAGGAGAGCUCCCCGCCCGGCGCUGGAAAAAAGGUAAGGUUAACCCCUUUCCUUGCCAUCCAGCCCGACGGGAGUGGGACCCUGAGGGUGGGGGCACCCUCAGGGCACUAUAGUGCCAGGAAAAGGAGUAUGUUUUCCUGGCACUAUAGUGGUCCUUUAAGUCACCAAAAAAACUUUAGUUUAAUGAAGCAGUUUUUUUUGUAUAGAUCAUGUCCCUUCAGUCUCACUGCUCAAUUCUCUGUCAUUUUGGAGUUAAAUUACUUUUGUUUCUGUUUAUGCAGCCCUAGCCACACCUGCCCUGUCUGUAACUGACAUCAUCUUUUGUUGUACAUCCCCUUUCUAUAAAAAAAAUAUUUAAACACUGUUUGUUUCCGAACUGAUCACCUAUUUAGGAUACAAAAUAAGUGUAAUCCAUGAAUGGUCAUUGACUAGUCAUAUUCCAAUUUUUAUAUUUAAGUUGUUCCUAAUUUUGUUUGUGUUAUAUUUAUCUGAGUAAAACUUUUGAGUUUUGUUGGGAUUUUAUUAUGUUUCUGCAAACGUCCAAAUAAUACAGCUGUACUGCACAUCCCUUUAUUAUUACACACAAAAUUACGAUGACUUAUUUAUGUAUAAUUUUUCUUUAAAUGCUUUCUUCCUGUUAGUGCAUAAACAUUUUGAUUUGGAAUAAGCUGUUAUUGCUAAGCCGUUUGCCUAUGCAAAUAUUUAGUAAGUGUCAUAUGAGAUUUGAGUAGUGUUAUGGAAACUUGCAAAUUGGACAUAUAUAUUCAUGGAAAGAAAAUAGGAAACAUUUAUAAUAGGGAUUUAGUAUAAGGUAUACAAAUUCACGUUAAGGCAAACAAAGGCACCUGGAGGAUAUCUGAAAUAGGAACACAAGAUGACUGUCACCUUUAAAAUAGCACUGUAAAAAUGUGAAAGGUGUCAACACGCAGUACUUAAAGCAUAUGGGCAUGAUUAUGUGCAUGGUUUAAACAUUGCAAUUAAAAGUAAAUUCAAGCCGAUCUCUAAGACUCACUUUAAGUCCCUCCAAACACAGAUAGACAAAUUUAUUUGGGCAGGAAAACGGUCCAGAAUCAAACGAAACACGCUGUAUAUCCCACACAAAAGAGGGGCCUUGGACUCCCGAACUUCUGGGACUAUCACCAAGCGGCCCAACUCGCACAAAUACAAACCCUUCAUGCCCCGGCCUGGAUCAAGAUAUGGGUAGAUCUAGAACACAACCUAUUUCGCAGGGACUUCCCGUCACUGUACUUCUGGGUACAGAAGCAGCACAGACCAGGGAUGCCCCUGACCACACCGGCCCUGACGACAUCCCUACAAAUAUGGGACAGAGCAACACGCAAACACAAACUCACCAACACACCCUCCCCUCUAACCCCCGUACUAAGAAACAAUCAAUUCCCUCCAGGCAUGACACUCCAAAACUACGCCCACUUUGAAGACAAUGACCUAACUAGGCUCUGCCACUUCUUCCACAAUGAUCACCUCCUUUCAUUCGCCGACCUGCCGCAAACCACCCCCCUUAACACCUUUGACCACUUCCGCUAUAUCCAACUACGCAGCUUCUUGUCCAACCUAAACAUUACAGCAGUGGCGAUGGAAAAGCCCACGCAAUUCGAGAGGAGGUGCCAACGCACUUCCAUACAGAAAGGGCAAAUAUCCACUCUAUAUAACAUACUGACCCUAAACACCCCCCCUCCCCCCCGGAAGCCUUCUCAUAUGUAAGAGCCUGGGAGAGAGACCUGGGCCCCCCAUGGGAUCCCUCGGACACCCCCCUACCUCCCCCACCUCUCCCUACCUCGCCCUCCCGGCCACUAUCACCCACACAGGACCCGCCAAAAGAUACGCCUCUCACUAAAGUCCUGACACCGAACUGACCUUCCCCCCUUGGAAGCACUAGGACACAACACAGAAAGGCUGACCUAGCGGCCCAGACAACACUAAAGGCCGCUACCAUCACAACGGCCCUCAAAGUACCAACACAUCUUGUAAAAUUACGAACAGAGUAGAAGCCCGGGGUCAAAGGAACUGAAGUCCAAAAAUGCAAUCCAAGACCAAAAGCCAACCCCUUCACACCCUCCGGUACUACCUUCCCGAGACAAACCCCAAAAUAAUGUUUACACCCAACAACAGGACCACUGUUACCAACGCUCAUUCAGUGUCUACUUUUCUAAUGAUACCUCCUCCCUUCGUCCGGUCUCUGUUGGAGUCCCCCAAGGCUCUGUGCUUGGUCCCCUUCUAUUUUCUCUUUAUACUGCCUCUCUUGGCAAACUUAUUAACUCAUUUGUAUUCCAAUACCACCUGUAUGCUGAUGACACUGAGAUAUACCUCUCCUUCCUGGACUUCUCCCCUGCUAUCUCUGAUUGGAUGUCCUCCUGCUAUUUUAAAUUCAAUCUCUCUAAAACUGAACUCCUUGUCUUUUCCUCCUCCUAAUACUCCUAAUCCUGAUCCCUGUCUUUCACUCUCCCUUCAAGUGAGUGGUACCCACAUCAGUCCAUCCUUGUAAGCGCGCUGUCUUGGUGUUAUACUUUAUUCUGGCCUCACGUUUGAGUCUCACAUCCAGUCUGUUACCAAAUCCUGUAGAUUCCAUCUUAAAAACAUAGCCCGCAUCCGCCCCUUUCUUACACAAGAUGCUACUAAGGAGCUUGUCCGUGCUCUAGUAAUCUUUCGCAUGGAUUAUUGUAACUCUCUCCUAAUAGGUCUUCCCACAACUCGUAUUGCCCCGCUAGUCUGUAAUGAAUGCUGCCACUAGACUGAUUUUCCUCUUCUGUCGCUCCUCUCACACCUCUCCCCUGUGUCAAUCCUUAAAUUGGCUUCCUGUAUCCUAUAGGAGUCAAUUCAAGGUACUAAUCCACACCUAUAAAGCACUGACCAAUUCUAGCCCCUCCUAUAUUUUUUCACUGAUCCGCAGGUAUGCCCCUUCUCUGUCUCUCUGCUUUGCCUUCUCCUGUCUGCUGCUCGCACCCAUACAGCCAACUCACGCUUGCAGGACUUCUCGCAGAUUGUUCCUUUUCUUUGGAAUAGCCUUCCUAUGACCAUCAAGCUCUCCCCUAGUUUUCAAUCAUUUUAAAAAGUUCCUCAAAAGCCAUCUCUUUAGGAAUGCUUAUGGCCUCCCAGAGUAACCUCUACCUCCUAAAGAGCAGCACUCUAUUCUCUCCUCCAGCUCUGCUUCACUCCACCUUGUUUAAUUGCUACUUCCUGUCCUGUUGGGUUUUAUGCCCUACCUCCUAUAGACUGUAAGCUUGUUUGAGCAGGGCCCUCUUCAACCUAUUUUUCCAGUAAGUUUUUGUAAUUGUCUCCCCCUUUGAAGAUAAUGUAACGUGCUAUGGAAUAUGCUGGUGCUAUAUAAAUACCAGUAAUAAAAAUAAUCUAAUGUUUAUACUUCCUUUAUUGCACCCAUUGUACAGCGCUACGGAAUCUGAUGGCGCUAUAUAAAUAAUAAAAUAAUAAUAAUAAAAUAAUUGCACAGUCUGUUUAAUUUAGCACUUCCUAUCUUCUGCUCUAUUAAUAGCCUGUACGAAAAUCCUGUGUGUAAUUAAAGUCUAAUUAAUUAAGAAUGAGAUAAAAACUUGUAAAGUAAGCACACUGUAUUGAUAGAAAAUGAACCGAUUUUUAAUUUUUUAAUUUUUUGGGGCUCUGUUAGUCACAGCUGGGGGGAGGUGGGGUGGCUCGGGCUACAUAAACAGAAACAAAAGUGAUCUAACUCCUCAAAUGCAGAAAAUUGAGUAUUGAGACUGCAGGGUCAAGAGCUAUACACUAGAACUGCUCCAUUAAGCUAAAGUUGGUUUGAUCUCUGCUCCUUUGCCCUCUAACAUGGUUUUUUUUUUUUUUUUUUUCACAUCUCCAUAUUUCUCUUUCUCCUUGUAUUUAAUACACUCUUUACAUAAGCUGUAUAGUUUUGUUUGUUUUGGUAUUUUCUUCUUGCCUGUAGUCUCUACAUUUUCUCUUGUCUUUUUAGGCUUACUGAUCAUGUGCAGGACAAGAGCAAGCUGCCUAUUCUUAUAUUCCCAGAAGGUAAAAAAUCAUCUAAAAUUAGUUUUUUUUUUGUUUUGUUUUUAAUUGGAGUUUGAAUACUUGAAAUACAGCAUUGCCGCAGUAUGCAAUUAAGAACAAUGUGUCUUCAACAUUAAACAUAAAUCAUAAGUAACUUAAAUGGCAGUAGAAACAAUCUACAGGAACUGUAUAUGUGCAUCAACAUUGUGGUGUCAUGAGGGUCAGCAGCUGCAGUGGGUGGUCUGAGUCUGAUUUUCCUCACAGGAGCUUGACGUCUGCGGGCGACCCAGAGAUGGAGUGUGUUAGCUUUGUGGUAUAGUCUAAGAGUGUCUCUUUAGUAAAGUUGGCACGUGUAAGCCCUUCUUCGGCCUUUGGGUGAUUUUGGUCUGACACGGUGUGUGAUUGCCUUCGUCUCUGGGUUCCCCUGUGUCUUUAUCCUGCUGGUUUAGCUGCUGGAGAAGCCGCUUUUGAUCAUCUGUGGAGGACAGGGUAAGUGUCUGGUCUCCCUGUGGUACUGCCAGGGAUCCGUCUGCACCCCACCGGUAUCUGAUUUGCGCGUCCAUUAGCUGUUUGGCUCAGGUGCCAGCUGUCGCCAUUCCACAAGUGCUGCAAACGGGAUAUCCCCAUAUAGGGCCAUUGUGCUACCCUCCAUUUGCACUGUGCCCAAGUCUCUGGAGUGGGACAAGAUAGCAGAGCGGGUUGCCACGUCCUUUGUGAUAACUAUAGUGUCUCUGGGUGCGUCCGCGGGAGCUGUUGCAGCUUUUCAGAUUCUGAACAUGGAAAGUAUCAUGUUUGGCUCCGCGCCCCUUUUAAUGCCCAUUACAGAUAAUAGGCGGUGGAUGUAGGGCAGCAGGGCUUCCUUCGGAGGCGAACAUUCCGUCAUCUGUGCCGUGUCUCCAUUGUCGUGACAGUUCGUGUGAGCUUUUGUACCUGCAAGGUAAGAGCCUUCAUCGAGUCUUGGGAGUGCUGUAGUUGGAGCUCCCUUGCACCUUCCCUUGACUCCACUGCUGUCAUCCGCUGUUGGAGGUUCCCCACCUCUUUCUGAGUGCUCAGUAGGUCGGCCUUCCACACUUCUCUCAUUUCCGCCAGGAGGUCUCGUAUAUCCCGCUUAGUUGAUAGGCAUGAGUCCUUCUUCCGAUUCAGAGUCCUGGUAUCGGGCCCCUGCGUCUGCUGGGGGCGAGGUAUGGCUCUCCUUAUCCUCAUGGGAGCCCUCGGAGGCCUCCUCUUCACUGGGUGCCUCGGACGCCAUUUUGGCAGGUGCUGGUGGAGUAGGUCUCGUAAACGAGAGCCGGAUAUGCGACAUUCUGGGUGUCUCUUGGGGGUGGAAUUUUUUAUUUUUGCGCCCCAUUGACUUCUGUGUGUGAGGCGUGUGUGUUGCCGCAGUUGGGCGCCGUGUGACGGGCUUUUUAGUCUCUUUUUUCAGUCGUAUGUAUGGAGCUCCUCAGAAACGCGUCCGUCUCCCUCAGCAGUUGGCCACGCCCAAAGUGUUUUUAAAUCUUCUUUUUUUUUGUCCAUCUUGUAGUCUUGUUUCUCCAUCACUCAUUACUACCCUUGUGUUCCUUCUGUUUAGGAGCUCAGACUUUGUGGUGUGAAUAAGUAUAUAUCCCAGUGGUUCACAGUAGUGUGCCUUGUGCAUAUGUAUUACUGUAGUCAAACCCACUGUGAAGUGUGCUGUGCAUCAUAGAGCUCUAAAGUCAUACAUAAAUGGUGUUUAUGAGUAAGUUACAAAGCUCCUAAUUAAUAAAUGAUAUGUGGGGGAAUCUUAGAGCUUUGCAGCAAUGUAGCUUUUAAAUUAGUAUCUAGACCGCAUUAAAUGUGUUUACAUGUUAGUUUGUGUCCUGUGUUCUAAAUUACUCAGUUGCUCAUGAAAGUGUUCAUUGCUGCAUAUUGAUACAUUUAUGUUCUCUGUAACGUUAAGUAAUUUUAGGCAACACUCCAACUUUUAUUUAUUCCUUAAUCUUCUACCAUUAAAGGUACCUGCAUUAACAACACCUCCGUCAUGAUGUUUAAGAAGGGAAGCUUUGAGAUUGGUGCCACCAUCUACCCUGUUGCUAUUAAGGUGAGGAGAAAGUCAGGGGAUAUGUCAUGUUAUUAUCCAGGCCUUGCCUUAUCAGUAAGUGUCACCUAACAAUAUACAUCUGCCCUCAAAUCCGCAUAGAUUGUAAGCUUGUUUCAACAGGGUGCUAUUCACUCUAAAUAUCCCAUUUCUGUUUAAUAUGUAGGCACUAUAUAAAUGCUAAUAAUAAAAAUAAUAAAGGAGGCCCAUGCAUAAUGGGAUGUGCUUGUAGUGUAGUGCUGGGUGAACAUUGCCUACGUCGCAAACAUAUAAUACACUAAUAUAAUGUAUAUUUUUUUAUUUUUUACAUCAAAACCUCUGUAUUGUCUGCCACUUGCUACCAAAACAGCAGUGUUUGACAUAAAAGGUUUAUGCUUCAGGCAGACAAUUCUAUCUAGGUUUUAAUGUUGUCUUCCAUAUUAUUUAUUUAUUUAUAAAAUAUUUUACCAGGAAAGAUACAUUGAGAUUUCUCUCGUUUUCAAGUAUGUCCUGGGUCCACAAAUCCUUGCAUUGUUACAAUUAGGGUACAAUAAAAUACAAAAACAAUAUUAAUACACAAUAAAUACAAUAUUUAAUAGGCAGGAAAUUUAUAAUCAACCAUGACAGGUGGAUUCUGUUUUGAGGUAUGUAUAGAGGGAUCUCUUAAAGGACUUUAGGCUUAGGGAAGAUUUUAAAUUGUGCGGGAGGUCGUUCCACAAUUGCGGUGCUCUGUAGGAGGAGGGGGAUCGGGCUGCUUUCGUUUUGUAUUGAGGUAGACUAAAGUGUUGGUACUGGAUCGGAGGUUAUAGGAAGUGGGAACAGCUGAGGAAAGCAUUGUGUUCAGGUAGGGAGGGAGUUUCCCAGAAAAGCUCUUAAACACAAGGCUGGAAAGAUGAAGGGUGCGUCUGGAUUCCAGCGACAGACAGUUUAGUUCUUUUAGCAUGUCACAAUGGUGGGUCAUGUAAUUACAUUGUAGCACAAAUCGGCAGAAUGGGUUAUACAAUGUGUUGAGUUUAUUAAUGUGGGAUUGCGAUGCAGAUGCAUAUACUACAUCCCCAUAAUCAAUGAUUGGCAUCAGCAUUUGCUGUACAAUCUUUUCCUUUAUUGUAGGGCUUAGGCAGGAUUUGUUUCUGUACAGGGCACCUAGUUUUGGAUAAAGUUUAGAUGGGGUCUAACAUCAUACCCAAGUAUUUUAAAGAGUGGACUGCGGUCAGUGUGCCAUUUGAAUUUGUUUUGAUGGAUAGGUGGGAAUUGUGUAAUUUUGUGAAAGAUCAUUGUGACAGUUUUGUCAGUGUUCAGGAAGAGUUUGUUUUUUGCGAUCCACUUUUCUACCUCUGUAAACUGGUCUUGGAGCACAGCCUCAAGCUGCGGUAGAUUGGAAUUGCUCGCAUAGAUUACCAUGUCAUCUGCGUACAUGUGUACAUUUGAGGAUUUGCAGACAUUAGGCAGAUCAUUUAUAAAUAAUGUAAAUAGUAGGGGGCUGAGAAUGGAACCUUGGGGAACACCACACGUGACCGGGAGAGGGAGGGAGUCACUGUCAGAAAUGGACACAUAUUGCAAGCAAUCCGAUACAUACAAUCGAAACCAGUUUAGUGAACGAUCACCAAUACCUGAGUUUUUGAGUUUGUGCAGUAGAAUGUCGUGGUCUACUGUGUCAAAGGCCUUAGCAAAAUCAAGGAAAAUAGCUCCAGUUAGGUCUGCUUGUUCCAUACCAGUUUGGAUGUCAUUUCAAACUUUUAAGAGGGCAGUUGUAGUGGAGUGAUUCUGGCAAAAGCCCUAUUGAUCAGGGGUCAGAUAGUUUGAUUGUUGGUAGUACUCACAUAGUUGCGUAUGGACACAUUUUUCUAAGAUUUUAGACAAUAUCUGGAGAUAUUGGGUGAUAGUUAGAAACCAAAGUAGUGUCACCACUUUUAUGGAUAUUCACUACUCUCGCAGUCUUCCAAAGUUUGGGUAUGUAUCCAGACACCAAGGAUUCGUUAAUUAGAGUUGCGACGGGUUUAGCAAUUGCCGGCGCACUGAGCUUCAACAGCAUUGCUGGGAUUUGAUCAGGUCUGGACUGGUUUUUCAUUUUUAGAUUAUUAAGAUGUUUUUCAAUGACACUAACAGGUACAGGUCUAAAAAUCAACUUGUCUAUGUUGGGACUUUGCAAAUUUAGUGGGACCUGAUCCACAUUUGUAGUUUCAGGAUGCGUGUCAUUUAUUAGCUUGGCAUAUAAUGUCAGGACCUGACUAAGGUACUGUACCUUUUGCUUUUCAUUAGGAAAGUGUUGGUCAUAAAACCUUGCUCUGCUAUCUGUUCCAUCCUGGACUUUAUAUGGUGAGACUUUAUGUAAACAGAACAGUUUACUGUCCCACAAGAGAAUCUGUACAUUUAGCCCAUAAUUUAAGGAAUAUAUGGAAUUAAAAAAAACAAAGUGUGUAUAUAUAGUGUGUCAAAGCUGUUGUAUGCAGCAGACACAUACUCCAAGGAAUCCAUGUAUAAAGUGGAUUUAUGAGGCAGUAGUGAGAGCACUGUUAAAGUGAGAUUUCUGUGGGAGAAGUCUUGGCUUGACUGGUGUGUGUAUUUGUGUUUAGCAAUGUAUUAACACUCUCUAUCUCUCUAUAUAAUGAUUUUAGCUAGCUUGUGACUUAACACUUUUGUAUUGUCUAGAUAAGGGGAUUAUAGUUUAUCUUUUUUACAGUAUGACCCUCGGUUUGGAGAUGCUUUCUGGAACAGCAGUAAAUAUGGGAUGGUCACCUACCUACUGCGAAUGAUGACAAGCUGGGCCAUAGUAUGCAGUGUUUGGUAUUUACCUCCUAUGACACGUCGGGUAAGAAAACUGUAAUAAGUGGUCUGAGGCCACCUACCUGCCAUUCUUAAGCUGUUGGUGAAUUUUAACUCUUAAGAACUUUUUCUAUAUUUUGAAUGUUUGCUAACGGUAAGAUGUAUCAUAACAUUCUUUGUAAUAUUCCUAUUUGAGUUAGUCAAAAUGAAGCAAGACUUCCUUUUUAAAAGCAGCAAAAAUGUAAAAAUUAGACAACCAGUCUUGUUACUUCCUGGUACUUUAGCUCAGUGCAGCUAAACUCAACAGUCAGGCAGUUGCUCAGAGCAUAUGCCUCCUCACAUAACUGCAUUGGGAAGUCUGUGAUUGGACAGCCACAGAGAAUCUGGACUUGGUUAGAGGGGGAGAGCUUAGAAAUAAUUCAGACAAGUGAUGUGCGGCUCUUUCAAGCUGUUUUAGACAUACCACCAGUGAAAAAUGCGCCAUUAAAUAUAUGCAUGUUUUUAUUAAGGGGUAUAUCUACUAAGCAGUAUUUGUUUUGUUUUUUAAUUCGGGAUGUGGAGUGUCCGUUUUUAAAUGCCAAAAUACAAGAUGUGGUGCUUGCAUUAAGAUAACCACAAAAGAAAAUCCAAAACCUUGUAAAAGUUGUAGUUUUUUGUUUCUCUCUCUUAAUUUGACAAGUGAACACAUCUGUUUGAAUGAACAAUAUUAUUAUAGUGGUAAGUCCUGGUCACACAGAUACAUAUCCAAUGUUAUGAUGUGGAACUAUUGCUUAAGUGUCAUUUAAGGGGGUUAUAUAGAUCACCACUAAAACAAACGUUCGUUUUGUAACAGCAUAUAUAGUACAUUGGUACAUUGAAUAACAAUCAACAAAAAGAAAGUUAAAAAUUGCAGGUACUAAAAAAAAAAAAAAAUCGGCAGAAAAAUCCAAGUAAUGCCAUCAUUCCCUUACAUGUCAAGGCACAGUGCAGCACUCUGUUGCAGCAUAAUCUCUGCCUGAAAGGAAUGUGUCCCACAGGAUCCAUGUUUCCUUCAUUAUAACUGGAGUGAGUUGAGUGAACCAGAACAAUUAGUGUAAUAACCUAGCCAUUCAUUGUGUCCUUGUUGUCUUGCAGUGACAUAUGCACAGCAAAUUGUCCUGUCUAUUACAAUAUGAACACCAUCUGCUCUGAUUUGUAAUGAUUUAAAAGUGCUGACUAAAAACUGUGUAUGAUACAGUAUAUUUUCUUCUCCCUCCUAUAUUCUUGAGGCACACAGAUUGAAAGACUUGCAGUUCACAAACUUAAGUUGGUCCAUUGUUAACCUCUUUAAAAGAGAGUCUAUGUACCUAAUACGUAUUGUCUAUCUAGCUAGUACCUACUUAACUUAACCCCUUAAAAAUGUGCAUGUAAUAUCUAAAUGUCCUAAAUGAUUUGCCUUUUUCCUUCUAACAAGUUUAGUUCUGAGAAUGUUAUGACUGGGUCUUGCCUCUCACAGUUAGACCUGUAAAGCAGCCUUUUUCUAUGUAAUGUUAUCCAACUAUCAUACCAUGUUGUUGCUUGCACGUACCUCCUCUCCUAACUAUUUAUGCUGAAAAAUAGUCUUCAUGUCAUCAUACACAAAAAUGUGCAUUGUGUUCCCAUGUCAUGCUCUAUUGAAUCGUCGUUUACUGUUAUAUAGUGAGUACAUGCUCUUGGGGCAUGACAAACGCAUAUGUAACUGCUUUCUCUUUAUGCACUCAAAAAUAAAGAAUUAAAAUAAAUAAAAGAGAGUCUAUGGGAGCAGUUGCUUUCUAUUUGUUUAUGUAUAUUAUAAUCUUUGCACACUCCGCACUCAACAAUUCCGUUCAUGGUUGCCCCAGUGCAAUCUCUGUCCAACAAAUAUAAUUUCAUAUAAAGAGAGCAUUUGAAAAUCUUGUAAUUUUUCCCAUUGACUUCAAACAGACAAGCAUAUAGUAUGGUCAACAUUUCAGUCCCAACACAUGGCCUUUUAUUCAAGACCAAACUAAAAGAAAUCAAGCAAAUAAACAGAUGAGAAAUUGAGAUAAGAGUGAAUUGCAAGGACAAGUGUGACCUAGAGAAGAUCCACAUACCACAUAAUAUUAUAUAAAAUAGUCCAUACAAACUCCCCAUGAAAACACCAAAUAACCCCCUGGCAGUAAGGGGUGAUACAGAACCUAGAAUCUGUAAACCAUAAACCAUUUUUUUUGUGGUGUACAGAAAUUCCAACACCCAGCAAAGGUCAAAAAAGAUAAAGUAACAAAAGAAAAGACCUGUUCAGUGCUAGGUAUAUCUCCAAAGCAUAGGGUUACCAAGUGCCCAUAAUAACACAACAUUAAAAAGUAUACCCCUAUAGCCAUUGCCACAUAGUGUCUCCUAGCAUGUCAAAAAGAAAAACCAAACAAAACAAGUGUAUAACAGGAGCAAGAAAGAGCCAUACUAGCACUUAUCAGAAAAAAUGUCAAGGAGUUCUUUUUAUUUAACCCUCUUGGUGCAAUACAAUCCAGUGUGUGGAUUUGGGGGGUGGGUGGCAUAUCAGAUGCCUGUAUAAAAAAUGUUAUACUGUAACUCUACCUUUCACCCAUUCUUUCCUCACAGGUAUUUUGUGCAGAAAAUACAAUAAAUUGGGAUCACAUCAAAUAAUUGACACUGUGGCCACACCAUGCCCCAUCUUUAUAAAGCCCUAGGUGGGGCCGAGUCGUUGAUUUUAAUUUAUUUGUAAAAUAUAUAUAUAUAUAUAUAUAUAUAUAUAUAUAUAUAUAUAUAUAAUAUAGGAUUUUGUGGAAUAUAUAGAUACAUACUUACACAUACAUAUAUAUAUAGGAUUUUGUGGAAUAUAUAGAUACAUACUUACACAUACAUAUAUAUAUAUAGGGUUUUGUGGAAUAUAUAGAUACAUAAUUACACACAUAUAUAUAUAUAUAUAUAUAGUGUGUAUAUUUAUAUAUCCCUCAAUACACAAUAUCUUCAUAAUUUGACUGUUUUUCCACUGAAACAUUUGAGAGCUGUGCAAGAAUUUUUUUUUUUUUUUUUGUGGCAUGAUGUGACAUGUAAUUGUUGCUAACAGAGGGAAGUAGACUGUGUGCUUGUCAUGGUUGUGUGGCUGAGGCGACUCUUAUCUUGUCCUUCUCAGGAAGACGAGGAUGCAGUGCAGUUUGCUAAUCGAGUGAAGUCGGCAAUAGCACGUCAGGGUGGGCUCGUUGAUUUGCUAUGGUGAGUCUGAGACAAAUCCCUCUCCUCUAUGGAGCUGUCAAUCUGUUUUUACUUUACUUAAUGCUUUCUUACAUUUUGCAGGGAUGGAGGACUGAAAAGAGAAAAAGUUAAAGACGUUUUCAAGGAGGAGCAGCAGAAAUUGUACAGUCGCCUCAUUGCCGGAAACCAUGAAAACCGCAGCCGCUCCUGA